ACAAUAUUUCAUUUUUAGUUUAUGUUGUAAUGCUUAGCUAGGUAUAAUUGAUAAUUUUGCUUAACAUUGAAGUAUCUUAAAAUAUGUUCACUGUUGAACAGUAGGUACAUGAGAGUACGACCAUCAUCACUAUAUUAGUUCGUAUGACGGUCACUUUUGUGAGUAUAUUGUGAUAAAUCAAUUUAUACAAUGAAGGACAAAGAAAAACCUCCUAUUUUUGAUGUUCAACUUCGCAAAGUGGAAACUGUUGGCCCCUGGAUAUUGACAUUAUUAUCAGGAUCGACUGUUCAAGAUAAAAGUCUUGCUAAUGGGGAUGAAAUAGAAGAUACUGAUUUUUCAUUUAUAGAAGAAAGUGAAUCGGAUACUAUUUAUUUGAAAACACUAGAUCCUAAAGAAUGGAAAGAUCAGGAUCAUUAUCGGGUAUUAGGUCUCUCCGAAUUACGUUUUAAAGCAACUGAAGCCCAAAUCAAAACUGCGUAUAGACGAAGAGUUCUUAAUCAUCAUCCAGACAAAAGAAAAAAGCUUGGAGAAAAAGUUCAAGGAGACGAUGAUUAUUUCACCUGUAUCACAAGAGCUUGGGAAAUUCUUGGCAACAAAUUAAAAAGGCGUGCGUUUGACUCUAUUGAUCCCAAGUUUGACAAUGACAUACCAUCAAAAGAUACUGCAAAAAAAUCUAAUUUCUUCGAAUUAUUUGGUCCAGUAUUUGCUCGUAAUAGUAUAUGGUCCGAACAGAAUUCAGUACCACAAUUAGGGGAUAUUAAUAGUAGCCGUGAUCACGUUGAUCGCUUUUACAAUUUUUGGUAUAGCUUUAACUCUUGGCGAGAGUUCUCUUAUCUUGAUGAAGAAGAUAGAGAACAAGCUACCGAUCGUGAAGAGCGUAGAUGGAUUGAAAAACAAAACCGAGCAAAUCGUGCCAAAUUAAAAAAAGAAGAAAGUACUCGAAUUAGACAAUUAGUUGAUUUAGCCUAUGCCAAUGACCCAAGACUCUUAAAAUUCAAAAAAGAAGAACAAGAAAGGAAAGCGGCCUUGAAACAAGCGAAAAAAGAUGCAAUCAGACAAAAACAAGAAGAAGAAAUAAGGCAAAGAGAAGAAGAAGCAGCCAAAGCACAAAAAGAAAAAGAAGAACGUGAAGCGGCUGAGAAAGCACAACGAAAUGCUUUGAAGGCCGAAAAAGAAAGUCAGAAGAAAGCAUUAAAAAAGGAACGUAAACAUAUUAGAGAUUUGUGUAAUACAAAUAACUAUUAUAUCCAAAACGGUGAUAAUGUGAUAGAAAUAAUGUCUGGUGUUGAGAAAAUAUGCGAUCAGCUCUCUGUUGAUCAACUCAAACAACUGGCUGCGGCUCUUCAAAAAGAAGGUCGCAAGGCGCUAAUAGAAAAACUUAAACAAAUGGAAUGCAGAGUUGAAAUGAACAACGUAAUUAAAAAUGAAGUCAAAGUUGUAGAAAAUAACAACAACAACUGGGAAACAGAAGAUGUACAAUUAUUAAUUAAGGCUGUGAACUUAUUCCCAGCAGGGACCAAUCAACGUUGGGAAGCCGUCGCUAAUUUUAUUAAUCAGCACAGUAAGAUUGGUGGUCGUAAUGCCAAACAAGUAUUAGCGAAAGCUAAGUCGAUGCAAAAUGCUAAUUUCACUGAUAACGCAUUGAAGUCUGAGAUGAACGCCAACGCUUAUGACCAAUUUGAAAAACAGAAAAAAUGCGAAGCGAAUAUGCCUGAAGAGGUUUCGGAACGCCAAGCCGGUUGGUCGGCUGAAGAACAAAAGCUGUUGGAACAAGCACUCAAAACGUAUCCGGUGGCCAUUAAAGAUCGAUGGGAUAGAAUAGCUGAAUGUGUACCAACUAGAACGAAAAAGGAAUGUAUGAAAAGAUUCAAAGAAAUUGUUGAACUAGUUAAAGCUAAAAAAGCAGCUCAAGUGUAAACUUAUGAUUAUAAUUUUAUACGAAUAACAAUAACACACAAUGAUAAUAAAAUAUGAUUAUAAAUGUAUUUUUUUUAAAAGUAUAUUUUGAUUAUGGACAUCUAAACAAAUAGGUUUAAAAACUAUUUUAUUUUCAUGUACUGACAUUUGAUACACAGCCACCCAUUCAUUCAUUUUUCCAUCCUAAAUACUGUAUACAGUAAAGGUACCAAUGUAUAAUUAUUUUUAAUAAAUAUACAUAUAUACAAAUUAAUUUCUGUUUCAAGAGGAAACUAUUUUUUCUCAUAUAAACUAAUUGCCUAUAAUAAACUAUUUUUGUAUUUCAA